CGCAUGUUCGCUGCGCUGGCAGAGGUUUCCGCAGCAGAGGGGUUAGCUCUGCAGCGGCGUGUGGGGCUCUCAGCGCCCAGUUCUCGCAAAGUCUUCGGCGUCCGCUGGCAACGGGUGUUCCUUCACUCCGGGUCUCACCGGCCGCAGCUCCAGCGCGCCCCGAUCUGGCCCCCUAUCCCGUGAAGAUGGCUGCCGUACGCCGGGCCCGCAGUUACUGCCGCUGCCUGGUGCGCUUCUCCGACCGAGAACUCUGCUAAGCCCCGCUGCUGCAGCAGACAGGCAGGAGUAGCUACCCGGACACCCAGCACACCUCCUCAGGGGACGGUGCAGAGGGGGUGUAGAGAGCCCCUCAACCGGCGAUCAGCCCGCCAGCAUGGACAGCCGAGAAAAAUGCUUCUUCUCGGCUCGCAGAAGACAUUGAACCAAUCUCGCUUCUCCCAAGAGAUUUUAUCGAAGCAGUGAACAUAGAUUGAGGCAGAAGCUGAGGAAGAUUGUCAUUCUGAGUCUAUCAGAGCAGAUGAUGAUGAAAAUGAAAGCCCUGCCGAAACAGAUCUGCAGGCAUGUUUCUUCACCGUGUGUAUAAUUUCCAUUCCACUGCUUUCCAUGGAUAAGCAGAAAUUGGUCAUAAUUGUGAAAAAUUAUAGGCACAACUCCAGAGGUUCCGAGCUCAGUGGAUGUUUGAACUUGCCCCAGGUGUCGGCUCUGGCAGUUUAGAAACUCGAUCUUGCAGAGCAGGAGCCAGGGGCUCUUUUCUGAAAGCAGUGGAUACCAAAGGAAAGCAAGAAAUGGCAAAAGAAGAAAAGGCUCGAGAACUCUUCCUAAAAGCAGUAGAAGAAGAACAAAAUGGAGCUCUUUACGAAGCCAUCAAGUUUUAUCGUAGGGCUAUGCAACUUGUACCUGAUAUAGAGUUCAAGAUUACUUAUACCCGGUCUCCAGAUGGUGAUGGCGUUGGAAACAGCUACAUUGAGGAUAAUGAUGAUGAUAGCAAGAUGGCAGAUCUGUUGUCCUACUUCCAGCAGCAGCUCACAGUUCAGGAGUCUCUGCUCAAACUGUGUCAGCCUGAACUUGAGAGCAGUCAGACUCACAUAUCAGUGCUGCCGAUGGAGGUCCUGAUGUACAUCUUCCGGUGGGUGGUGUCAAGCGAUUUGGACCUCAAAUCAUUAGAGCAGCUGUCACAGGUGUGCAGAGGAUUCUAUAUCUGUGCCAGAGACCCUGAAAUAUGGCGUUUGGCCUGCUUGAAAGUUUGGGGCAGAAGCUGCAUUAAACUUGUUCCAUACACAUCCUGGAGGGAGAUGUUUCUGGAAAGGCCCCGUGUUCGGUUUGAUGGAGUGUAUAUCAGUAAAACCACAUAUAUUCGUCAAGGGGAACAGUCUCUUGAUGGUUUCUAUAGAGCCUGGCACCAAGUGGAAUAUUACAGGUACAUAAGAUUCUUUCCUGAUGGCCAUGUGAUGAUGUUGACAACCCCUGAGGAGCCUCAAUCCAUCGUUCCUCGUUUAAGAACUCGGAAUGCUAGAACUGAUGCAGUUCUAUUGGGUCAUUAUCGCUUGUCGCAAGAUACAGACAAUCAGACCAAAGUAUUUGCUGUGAUAACUAAGAAAAAAGAAGAAAAGCCACUUGACUAUAAAUACAGAUAUUUUCGUCGUGUCCCUGUGCAAGAAGCAGAUCAGAGUUUUCAUGUGGGGUUACAGCUGUGUUCCAGUGGCCACCAAAGGUUCAACAAACUCAUUUGGAUACAUCAUUCUUGUCAUAUUACGUACAAGUCAACCGGUGAGACUGCAGUCACUGCUUUUGAGAUUGACAAGAUGUACACCCCCUUGUUCUUCUCCAGAGCGAGGAGCUACACUGCUUUCUCAGAGAGGCCUCUGUAGGACCUCACGUCCAGUCCUCUGUCAGUGUUGCAUGAAUAAAAGCAUAUAGUGCGAAAGAGCACCUAAGUUAUAAAUGUACAUACAUAUAUAUAUAUCUGGAAUUGGAAUUUAUUUUACAUUGUUGGAGUUCUUUUAAGAAGAGUAUAAAUUGAUUUUUUUUAUUUAAAGGGAUAGUUGAUUCUUGGGGUGUUUUGGUUUUGAAAUUAAGAAGUUGAGAUAACAAGUUAUUUAAACACAUUUAUGUUAUGAAAAACAUUCAUAUGAGCUUUAAAUCAUGUCCUUUUUCAAGCAGAUUUCUGAGCAGAUUUCUGUCACAUUAAGUCUUCCGCCUGAUCAUCCCGAUACUGAAAUGCGUCAGGGGAGAGCUUUACUGGAUAAGCAUUUCUUUCACGCAUGACAAAAUGGCUUUGCACUAAAGGCUCAAAUGUGAAAACCUGUUCUAGAUUUGUUUGAAACUGCUUGACCAAUAGAUUCUAAAUAAAUGUUUCCUUCGAGAAAAUGU